CAUUUUAAGCAAAGCAACAAAAACUGUCUUUCUUUUCUCACUAACACCACUUCACUUUACUCUUCCAACUCCCAAGUUCCAUCCUAACCCUAACCAAGAUUAACAAAAAAAAAAAAAAAACAUAUUGUGCCAUUCUUUAUAGUCUCACCAAAAGGAGGAAUUUUUUUUUUCAAGAAGAAGCUAUGGAUUCUUUGUUAUACAAGUGUAGAAAUGAAGAUUAGAAAAAGGGAAUUAGAGCCACAUUGUUAUAAGUGUUUCCAAUGGGGAAGGGAGAGGAAGAACAGCCAAUACCUGGUACUUCAUUGGAUGCACAAAGUACAACUCAAAAUGCAGAGGAUAGGUGUAGGGGUUGUUGUAAGUUCAAAGGGGUGGUGAGUUUUAAAUGUGUAGUUGUAUUGAUGCUUGGUAUGGGAGUUUUGGUUUCUGCUGUUUUCUUGUUGCCAUUUUUCAAGAAUGGAGAUCUGGGGGAUCUGGAUCUUGAUGACAAGUAUAAAGGUCAUGAUGUAGUUGCCAGUUUCAUGCUUGAGAAGCCAGUUUCCUUUGUCCAGGAUAACAUUUUGCAACUUGCAGAUGGUAUUUUUGAUGAAAUAAGUGUUCCCAAUACUAAAGUGGACAUAAUAUCAUUGGAAAAUACAACUAGAUCGAACAUAACAGAGAUCGUCUUUGCAGUUGACUCUGAAGUGAAAAAUAGAAGGGUCUCUCUAACUGCUCUGAGUUUAGUCCGGUCGGUACUUGAAUCUGUGAUUACUGGCCUAUCAACUCUCCACUUGACAGCACCUUUGUUUGGCGAUCCUUUUUCCUUUGAUGUGCUGAAAUUCAGAGGAGGGAUUACUGUGAGCCCCAAGCAAAGCGGAUUCCCCGUGCAGCAAGUCCAGAUUCUUUUCAACUUCACCUUGAACUUUUCAAUUGAUGAAAUUCAAGAUAAUUUUCAUGAACUAAAAAGCCAGCUCAACUCUGGGUUACAUCUUUCAUCAUAUGAGAACUUGUAUAUGAGUUUGACAAGUAGAAGAGGUUCAACAGUGGAUCCUCCGACUAUUGUUCAGUGUAAAGUCCUUUUGGCAGUUGGGAUAAAUCCCUCCAGUUCAAGGUUGAAGCAAUUGGCUCAUACCAUUGGUUCUAAUUCCGGAAACCUUGGCCUCAAUAACACCGUAUUUGGAAGGGUUAAACAAGUUAGCCUGUCCUCUUUUUUACCACAUUCUCGAGGUAGUAAUAGUGGUAGCCCCUCGCCUUCUCCAGCUCCUCUAUCUCACCAUCACCACCGUCACCACCAUCGAGAUUUAAAUCUUGCUCCUGCAGUAUCACCGGCUCCGAAGGUUGAGAAAGGUGGAUCUAUUAGCAGUCAAGUUUCACCUGUAUCAGCACCAGUACUUGCACCUGCCCCUGCACCUGUACAGCACAAGAGACGUGGGGCCCAACCUCCAUGUCAUUUUGGGAGAUUUCCAAGGAAGGCGAAUAGUCACCACCCGCAUAUGGUUCCUGCUCGAGCACCAGUCCCCGCACCUUAUAUUACUCCCUCGCCUCGUCAGCAAGUACAUGCUCCACCUCCUACUCCACAUGAAAUCACUGCAUCAAGUCCAUUGCCCAAUGUAGUAUAUGCUCAUGUUCAACCUCCACCAAAGAGUAAUUCUGUUGCAGAGCCUCCUGAUAGAUCUGCUUCAGUUUCAUCCCCAUCUUCAUCUUCUGAAGGGAUUAAUUCUUCAAAAUUCUGGUCUCUCCUGCUGUUUCUACUUGUACUACUUCCAUAGCAGCCGGACGAGGGGCAAUUAUUUUUUCACAACAAAAUUUAUCUCCAGUAUUCUCAAAACAAGUUCAACGUCAUUCCAUCUGGACAAAGAAACAAACUUGAGGAGUUUGCAGAGAGAGAGCAAUGCCGAAAGGGCAUCUCUCGCGUUUGCAUGAAUGUGUGCUUUUGUUGUAUUCUUGUAAAUAUUCUAUAAAGAUUCAGUUGGAGAUGCAUUUUUAGGUCAAAGUCACAGAGGUGACGGGCCUGUGAUGACGUGCAUUGCCACUGUUAUGUAUCAUCUCUCUUGCAUAAACAUGAGGGGAAAACACAACCAAGAAAUGUAUAAUAAGCCUUUUUGUUCCUAAGAUCUUGCAAGCCUGUCAUUUGUGAUCUUUAGUACUGAAUGACAGUUUAUUCUUACUAUGUCAUUUGCUGACUCUA